AUGGACCUUGGCUUUUCUACUUCAAACCGUAUUUACAUUGAUGAAAGCUUAACGCCUCAGAGUCGGGCUAUAUUUGGAGAAGUAAAGAAAUUCCGAAAUCAACAACAUUUUAAAUUUAUCUGGACAAGGAACGGAAAAGUGUUUCUGAAGAAAGAUGAAAGUCAACAAUCAAUCGCAAGUGUUUUUGAUUGA